CUAUGAAGAAAUACAGUCAGUUUAAGGGUCAGUGACCCGGAAGAACAAACUCGAGAAACAUGGCGACCCGCUGCAAGCUGCCCUUGUUGUUCCCCAAAAGCUUGCUUAGGAACCAGCGGUUUGUCCACACCGAGGCUGCCGUCACGACGCCUGCGUAUCCGCCUGUAGUCGCUUCUCUUACCGCUAAGAGUAAAUCCGCCCGGCUGCGGCAGAUCGAUGAGCGGGUUCAGAAGAUACGCGCCUCUCCGGUGGAGGAAAAACUGUCGCUCAUCACCCGCAUCCAGCGGAGGAAAUUUGUGGUCUAUCCGCAGACUUUCGCUCGGAACGCGGAUCGAUGGUACCAGCACUUCACCAAGACGGCGUACAUCCCAGGUUUACCGGAGAAGUUCACUCUGGGCACCGCAGAGGGGAGCUCUCCCUCGCCCGCGGAUCAAACAGAGAUCCCGGGCAUUGACGGUGAUGCGUUUGCGGAGAUCCGCGCCCUGGUCACCCGUGUGAUCCUGCAGCACCACUGGCACAUGAACAAGAAGCGCCAACCUGGCGUUUACAAACACCAGGAGCAAGUGAUGGCUCCUUUUCUCAAAAACCUGGUGACUGAACUAACCUACAGUUUAGCAAAACACAACCCGCUGCUCCUGUCCUCCAGUCUCGAUUUCAGUCCACAGGUGAACUUUUACUGGCGGAGAGGGCAGAGAAUUAUCCCCAAGGGCCACCGCAAGGGCCGGCUAGAGCCCCUCCGGUUUCAGAUUGACGACAACCCUAACAGCCAGAUCAGGAUAACUCAGCAACUGCCACAGUUUAAUCCAAUGGAGGCGUCUUACACGGCUGACGUUCCCGUGGUUCUUCAGGCUCCAAACCUGAUGCCCCUCUUCAGGAGACAGUACGACAACAACAUCUUCACAGGUGCAAAGCUGCCUGACCCAGCAUGCUACGGUCACACUCAGUUCCAUUUGGUACCCGACCGGUACCACAGAGACCGGAUGAUGAAGCAGCAGCAGUCUGAACAGGUGGAGAUCUUCCUGAGAGCCAACGCCAUUGCCAGCCUUUUCUCCUGGACUGGAGCUCAGGCCGCGUACCAGGGUUUCUGGAACCACGAGGACGUUUGCAGGCCCUUUGUGUCGCAGGCUGUGAUCACAGACGGUCACUUCUUUUCUUUCUUCUGCUACCAGCUGAACACUGUGGCCCUCUCUGUGGAAACGGACGCUAACAACCCCAGGAAGAACCUUCUGUGGGGCAGCCAAAGCCAGCGGCUCUUCCAGACCGUGGAGGACGGAGAGGUGCUGGGUCUGGACGACGGCGUCAUCAAGCUUCUGGUUCAGUUCCUCAUGAACCAGCCGUAGAGUCCAGGAACAUCUGUUCUGAAGGUUUUGUUUUUCAGGGCUGUUAAACAUGUAAAAAGUUUAAUGUUGACAUUUAUUCUGAAAAAUAGAAAAUUAUCUAUGGUUGCUGCCCUCUGGUGGCCACAUGAUGUAUUACAUCCAGGAGAAUGGAAAGGAUUUUCAAAAUAAAACAAUUUCCAGACUAUAUUUAUUAAAAAACAAAAAAAA